UAUAAGAUAUCGAAUCUCAGAGUUUCAAAGAUCGAAAUGCAUCUAACGGCACUCUGCGUCAUCAGCAUUGCACUCACCUGCGCCAAUGCGGCGCUGUGGCCCAGCUUUAGCAGCAGCAGCAGCAGCAGCAGUGCGGACGAUGCGCCGCCCAGCAAAUGCGCCGGCGCGCGUGGUCUGAAAUAUUUGUCUGGUGAUGCGUUGACAGAUUCACCAGACUGCUUGGGUCCCAAUAACGCGCCAUAUCCCAGCGCGGCCGUUGCGCGCACAUUCUCCAAUUGGAACGGAAAUUCGCGACGUGGACGCCAAAGCAAAUUGCCCACCACAUUGGAUCCAGCAAUAACCACGAGUGCAUUGUUGAGGGCCUACGAUGAGGUAAACAAUGAGGCUAUCGGAAGCAAUCGUUAUGGUCGUUCGCUGAAGAACGCAUCGCCGGCGCAGCAGUGCAAGAGCGAUACGCCUGCGCGACUCUGCAAGACGCGCUAUAAUACAACAGCGCCCAUGUAUGGCGUUAGUUUGACCUCCGGUCAGCCCGUAACAAUUGUGCAAAAGUUUCCCGAUCUGUUGCAACAGGUGGUCUUCGAAGUGUGCGAAUCCUCAGAAUGCGAUGUGGUCCGAGGCGAGUGCACGCAAACGUAUGUGCCUUAUUUAUUCCUGGUUAUACCUCUAGGGCCAGUGACGCUCACUGGCCAGGAUUAUGUGCUCGUUGAGAGCGGUUGUGUCUGCAAGCCGAAAUAUUCGACGGGAGCAGCUCAAGAGCCGAACAUGAUACCGUAAGUGAGAUGGAGAGUGUCAUUACACUGGUAUACAACAGCAACCAAAAGAACUGAGCGAGUUUAUGGGGAUGGAGCGGCUAAAUUUACUUAAAUCUGGAAUUAUUUUUUGUAGCAAAAUCGUAUUUUCAAUGUUUUUA